UAUUUCGUUGGUCACAAGUCUCCAGCAGACCAAACGGACUCCAUCGCCUUACCUAAUUUUCGGCCGCCUUGCAUUUUGCUGCCCUCGAAUCGUCGAACAGAACAAUGGCGGCGUCGUCUGCCUCCGCCCGCCUCCAUCUUCCCCUCGCCAGGCUCGAACCCUCUCUUCUUCUUCCUCCCCCGACGAGCGCUUGCAAUUGCUACUUCUCCGUCUCCUACUCGCUCUCUCUUAAACCCUCGUCGUCGUCCAUCUUUCUCAAACCCCUCCUUUUUCCCCGAUCCUUUCGCUCCAAGCCCCUCAAGAGCCGGGCCCCUAGAUCUAGCGCCUUCACGUGCCUCUUCACCGGCAUCGUGGAGGAGAUGGGCCACGUCGAGCGCCUCGGCCCCUCCGGGGACGAUGACGGCGGCAUCGAGAUGCGCAUCGCCGCGAGCACCGUCCUCGAAGGCGUCCAGCUCGGUGACAGUAUCGCCGUCAACGGCACCUGCCUCACCGUGUCCCACUUCGACCCCGGCGCCUCCACCUUCACCGUCGGCCUCUCGCCCGAGACCCUCCGCCGGACCGCCCUCGGUGAGCUCGGCCUCGGGUCCCCCGUCAACCUCGAGCGCUCCCUGCAGCCGAUAUCGCGGAUGGGCGGCCACAUCGUGCAGGGCCACGUCGACGGCACCGGCGAGAUCGCGUCCUUCGUGCCCGAGGGGGACUCGCUGUGGGUGAAAGUGCGGGCCACGCCGGAGCUGCUGCGCUACGUCGUGCCCAAGGGGUUCAUCGCGGUGGACGGGACGAGCCUGACGGUGGUGAAGGUGUACGAGGAGGAGGGGUGCUUCGACUUCAUGUUGGUGGCCUACACACAGCAGAAGGUGGUGAUCCCGCUGAAGAAGGUCGGGGAUAAGGUGAACUUGGAGGUAGAUAUACUCGGCAAGUACGUCGAGAAGCUUCUUAGAGGCAGAUUCGAUGAUCAUUCCGCUGCUAUUACUUCUUGAUAGGAAACGGGAGGAGGGAGUUGUAUGUCAUCAGCCGAUUGUACCAUGGAUAUUCUAGGAGGAAUGAUACAUUUAUUUUGCUUGUUUUGUUUUCUUACGAUUAAUGGGCAAUGUCACUUAAUUAUCAUGGCUCAACCUUCUAUUGUUAACUAUGAUUUAUUUAAGCAUUUUUGAAUCAACAGUUUAAACUCAACAAUUAACUUAACAAUAGAAAUAGUUAAUCCAUCAUCAAACACUUAUAGGUCUUUCUAAGUAACCUGUGCAUCUUUGUUAAGAUACAACAUAACCCAAAAUCAAAUCCAGUAAUAGUCCAAUGAGACCUCACAUCAUUCCAUCUUUGAACGACUGAUUAGACUCAUCUAAAUUAUUAUGCCUAGUCAUAAAGAGUCAUAUAGAGUCAUAUUUCACCGCAUCUGAUGGUUCCCCAAACUAGAGUCUUGCACCACCCUCCCACCAGAAUCGAUUCCUUGGCCAUCAAUCCCUCUCCCUCAUCAGGUGGAGGUGGCACGAAGAAAGCUUUACUUGGGGAACAAAAAAGCUAAUGUCCAAUGUUACCGAGUAGAGUCAAUAUUUUGAGGCAGUCUCCAUACGUAUUCUUAAGACGAGGGUAAAUUUAGGGCGGACAUAUGCACAAUGAUUGAUGUUCAUCGGGUGGGACGAUCGGUGUGCCAACGUAGUCGCGUUGGCCACCAUACACGCGUUCUGAUGCCAGCUCUCAUCGCCUUCCAAACACAUGCUUUUGCUGCGUCGGGUUAGGAUUAUAAAUUUGUGUAUCGAUAUAUACCCAUUCGCCUGUACCACCACCAGGAGAACAAGAGAGGACCAAAGAGGGAGAGAAGAGAGAGAGAGAGAGAUCUGCCGCUACCAUCAUCAUGAAGGCAACCGGCAUCGUCACGGUCGCUUCUACGGCGAUCAUGGCGGCCGCCUCGUACUCGACUGCGGUGUCCGGCUCGCUCUCGGAUCCCAAACUCCAAGCUCCAAACCAGGUAAGUGGGCGUCCGUCCACAUCAGCUAUAACGAGUAACUCAGGAUGCUGUGUUCGGCUUCUCACCACGCUCCUCUCGUCCGACACCAUGGAGCAGGGCCGAGAGUCGUCGUCUCAGGAGAGGCAGAAGCAGAAGCAGGAAGAUGGAUCGACUCCGAGAUUCGACGGGUUGCGGUUCAUCGAGUCGCUCGUCACCGCGCAUCGAUGAGAUGAGACCGCGCACCGUUUGCUGCUACCAAUGAUUGCACAUCAUUCUUCUCGACGGUGCAACUACGUUUGAUCAUUGCUGUUUAGUGGUUGGAGAAGGUGUAAUUUUCUUCCCCCUGUUUUCUUGUUUACACUGAAACGAGAAGCACAUGUUCCAUGUGA